GUCAUUUGGGUUGCAGUUGCCAUGGAAACAAAGAAACUGAAGCUAAAUCUCAGUGACCUGGAAGCAAAAACUGAUCAACUGACUUUGGAGAAAAGAGAUUUACAAAACCAGACUGAAGAUCUGAGGAUGAACAUGACAAAACUAGACAAUCAGAAUCAAGAUCUGAGGGUGAACAUGACAAAACUAGAGAAUCAGACACAGCAGCUGAAUGCAGAGAAGAUGUUCUAUGAGAACCAAACCAAGGAGAUGACGGUUAACAUGACAAUCCUACAAAACCAGAACGAGCAGCUGAGAAACAACAGUGACAAACUCAGCAAGAUCCAGGCAGCAAUCAUCAGAUACUCCAACUUUCCAGCUGAUCUCUUCUGCCCUGAUGGAGUUUGUCAGACGUGUCCCAAAGACUGGAUUCAGUUUCAGGAAAGCUGCCAUUUUUUUUAUAACUUAAACUCUCAGUGGAAAACAUGGGACCAAAGCCGACAGUUUUGUCAAGGCAAAAAGUCAGACCUGGUGGUUAUCAGCAGUCAAGAGGAACAGACGUUCAUUAAAAGCAAAGUACAAUACUACUAUGACACCUGGCACGGAUACUGGAUUGGUUUACAAAAAGUGAACAACUGGAUCUGGGUGGAUGGCAGUCCAGACAACCUUGGGUACUGGCAGAACCCAGGGAGCUCAGAAAAUUUUGCAUAUAUAAUUCAAAAUGCAGAUUUGAACCAGAGUUGGAUCCAAUUCAGAAAUAGCUUUCGGAACAGAUUCAUCUGUGAGAUUAAAGCUUUAAUUUUCUGAUCAGUUAAACUGAACUUUUUUACUGCUACUGUGUUUCUUCUGUCUUUACUUUUUCAUUUUUUUAGUUGAGUGGAGAUAUGUUAUAAACCUUAAUAUCAUGAUUAAAAUUGUUACAAUCAAGCCUCAAAUCUCAGAAUAUUAGCUUUAAAUGUCUGCAGCUCUGGGUUGUUGCAUGACCCAACUUUGACCUCCUGAUCUCCUAAAAACAAACCCUGACCAGCCCACACUGCACUAGAGAAUAGGGAGGCUUGUUGUUUUGUCAUCUUCAUUUUGGCCAAAAGUCCCAAAGUUCUGUGGUUCUGCUUUCCACUAACUUCAUGAUCUUCUGUCAUUUUAAUGCAACAUACCUGUUCUGACCGCUUUAGAUCUGGUUUUGUUCUUGUUUUGUUUUCACUGUGUACCAAUUGUGGAUUUGGAAAUCUGCCUCAUUUCGUAAAUCAGUUUCAUAUUUUGAUUGGAAAUAGGUUGAGACUUUGAAAUACUUUGAAUUGAAUUUCAAUUACCUUAGAGUCCAGCCUCACAGUGAGCAGGUUCUUUUUUAGGAUUAAGAAGGUCCAAAACUCUGCAGACCUUUGUAAAACUACUCCACCCCUUUUUUUUAGUCUGCCUCAUCUGAACAUGACAGAAAACCAGACUGUCCAAAAGGACUUGUAAUGGCCAACUUCUAUGAACAGUUAAAAAAUAAUGUUUUAGUCUACAUUAAAUAGCAUGUAUUUAAAUAAAAAUGUUGUUAUAUCCACUUCACAUGGACAGGUAAAUGUAAAAAUGGUGCAGAAAUGUUGAUUUUUUACAUUUAAAAAAAUAACGUCUAUUUACAAAAGAUCUAAACAAGUGUGGCUGUAGAGAAAUUGUAUACGAGGAAACUUAUAUAUAAAUAUUUAUUCAAUACAUUUUCUUUUUUAAUGUUUUGCUUGAACUAUAAUCCCAUAAUAAACUUCUUCAAAACUC